CAACUAUUUCAUUAGAAAACUAAAUAAAUUCAUUGGAAAAUUAUAUAAAAAAAUCUUUUUAUAACACUUCUAAUUUAGAGAAUUGUAAUGAAUUUCGAUGAUGCUUCUUUAUCUUCUCUGCAUACUCACAGAGUCAAGACACGAUAAUAAAUGAAAGGGAUUUAACAUUCCAUUUAAAAGUCUAAAAGAAAAUAUUGUCACAUUUCACCUGAAAUAAAGAAUUAAUUGAUUUCCCUUGUCCUUGAUAAAAAGCUGAGAAUUAAAGAUGUAUGAAUAUAUUAUCAUCUCUAUUAUAGGCUGCUAUAAUUUGUAAUUUAAAUUACUCCACUGCAAAAACCAUACUCUACACAUUAAGACAUUAACCACCCAAAUAAGCAGGAUUCAAAUUGAAUUCAAGUUAAUGUAAACCAAGAUUUACAAUCAAAACCCAAAUUAAGGGAACUCUUGUUAACGAGUAUGAUUUUUAUACAUAUUUGAAUUAAAACUGAGGAA